AUGAGCAUUUAUUUGACGGAGGUCGGCAUCACAAAGCCCUCACGCUCGAAAGAAGGGAUGGUGAUGUUGAACGUUGGCGGAUCGCGUCUCACCUUUCAUCGUUCAGUCCUUGAGGGGAAAGGAGAGCAGCAGGGUUUGACUUGGGCGCUGGGGACCCUAUGCGAGGCUGAGUGGGACAAGCGCGUUCCUCGUGAUUCAGAUGGCCGCAUCGUGCUUGAUGAGUCACCCACUUGCCCAAGGGUAUGGGGAGCUCGCGAGGAGCACGAUUUGGCCCCCGACGACAAGCCCGAGCUUCUUUACUAUACUGCGCGUGUCCUCGGCCUACGGGGACAAUCGGCCCCGUUCGACAUGCCGAUGAGGGGAGGACCAAAUAUCCUUGAACCUCACGAGACUAAAAGGCUGACUGCGAUAGUUCAAGGUUGGUGCCCUGGGCAUCCUGGUGGGCUGGAAUUGCUCUACCGUGCUUCCCGCGAUGGCUGGAGCGCUCGUUCCUUUGACGAUAAGUGUCGGGACGGCAGUCCCUCGACGAUUAGUCUACCUUUCUCCGGGUUCGAAUCCCGGGCUGAUCUCUUCACGAUAAGCACCAUAGUUCUGUUCUCGGCAGCGCCUGGCAACGGGAUGUGUGACCUGCGUGUGGUCUGGAAAGUAGGAGCCGCAUCCACUGUCCAAACGAAAAACCUCACGCAGGAUGUCCAGGCCGAGUCUCGUUUACUCGCGCUCAACGGGCGCGGCGUGGUCGAUAUCGAGACAUUUCGAUUGUGCUACUGUAGGCCGACAGAUGCUCUCUCUUCGGCCAAACCAAAGCAUCAUUUCAUCGGAGACAUAGCGGUACCAACGGCACCUGUGAGGUCUAGACUACUGAGGAUGUCCUUUCCUUUUGGACGUUUGAUUGCCGACGCAUUGAUGGAGGAGAUUGUGCUUCAAGAAGCCAAUAACGAACUUGCCGUUGCCGAGGCCAGGACGACCGCAUGCGCAACAGCCUUGGUGGUGGUGUACGGGCCAGAUGUGGCGAAGGGACGAGAGGAAGAAGACGUUGUGGAGCUGAGCGUAUGCGGGACCAGGGUAACGAGAAUGUGCUCCACCCUGCGCGUUUGCCCUGGCUCCACCUUUGCCACUCAGUUUCUCGAGGAUAGGUGGCCGGCAACGAAGAAGGAUCUCGACGACAAUGGGCGGCGUGUGAUCGACUGCGAGCCAUCCGUCUUCUCCAAGGUGAUGGAUAUACUGCGUGCGUCAUGGGCUCGUGGCGACGAUGACCAGGAAGCUAACAAGACACCGCGCGUCACCAUCAAGCCGUGUGACCGUGCGGAGUUUGAAGAAUUUGUUGACAUCUACUUCAAGGGCUGCGAGAGCUUGAUCAUGGAAUACGUCGAAUCUCUUGGUGACGAGGAGGCCGACCGUUAA